AACAAAACCUAAAACAAAACCUGGCCGUCCCUAUCCUAAUAUGUUUCAUUCUCUUAACUAUUCCACAAUCAGGAAAAAAGAAAAGAGCGAGAGAGAGAAGAUGACGAAAACGUCAAUGGCUUCCCUAAGGUUAUUCUCCGCGAGGUUCGUGGUUGCUCCGCUGAGUUUCCUUGCCACCGUCAAAUUCAAAGAAUCUGCAACUGAAGCCAACCUUCUCUGAAGAGCAAAAUCCUAACCCCGGGUAAGAAUUCUGAUUCUCUUUCAAUUGAAAACCUACCUACCCUGUUAUUAUUUACUUUUGGUGUAUGCAAACCCUUAAACAACUGUCAAAUAUGUUGAGUAUAUUGAACAUGAAAAAAUAAUUAUUCACCCCGGUAUUUUGGUGCAUUUGACUUUAAGAUUGCCAUUGAUAAUCCUAGAAAAUGUGUUCCCAACUUUUGGAUUGCAAUUCUAUAAGAUACAUUCAUCAAUCUGUUGCUAUAAUGUUUUUUCUCACCUUUGCAGGUACCAUUAGUUGGUAUUCCAGCACCAAAAAGGGCUCAACCUCUUGGUACCAUCUCUACUGCUCCUUGGGGUUCUGCACUUAUUUUGCCAAUUUCAUAUUCAUACAUAGCCAUGAGUUUUAAGGGACUCACUGAAGCCUCAAAGAUAGGAACCUUGAAUGCAAACUACAUGGCAAAACGUUUGGAGAGCCACUACCCCAUUCUUUUUCGAGGAGUCAAUGGAACAGUCGCCAAUGAAUUUCAAGGUAUCUCAAAUCAUGCUCUUCCUAUGGAUUCCCAAUUCUGGUAUACUGUUGGCUAUGUGAAUAUUAAAGCAAAAAUGUUGUUUAUACUUUGCAAGUUGAACUUAGACAUUGAUGCUCAAGGUCUAUUGUUCAGUUAAGGUUUGUCGGAACCGCAGGCAAAGAGAGAUAGGCCGUAUCCCCGUAACCGGUAAAGUAUUUGCUUUUUUUGUUUUGGUUUUAUUGUGGUAGAACUCGAACACUUUAGUGGCUUUAAAUUUUAAGAUAUUUCAUACUUAAUUCCAUCUGCCUUGAUACUAUAAAUAAAUUACCACUUAUCUAAAAAUUGUAAAUUGUUAGAAACUAAUAAAUUUAAUCAUUCAAUCAAAAUCCUUAAUUGCUCUUUCGGAAAUCCUAUUGCAAGGAGGGGGGAGAAUAUUGUCCAAAGAAUGAUGGAAAACUAGCAGUUUAUUCACGUGAUUUCAAAUCAAUAUCUAAUCUAAUACUAUAUAUGUUAAAACAGAAGCUAAGAGAAAGUAAGGACCUACAAUUAAGGAUGUUGGGAAAGGUAGAGAUAGAGUUAUUUUCUAUAUUUUGCUCCCAUGUCUUGCUGCUUGCUUUGUUGUAUAUGUUCUUCCCAUUGGUUGUGCAGGGUGAAUGGGAAAAGGAGCUACCUUUGCUAGGUUUCUUGGUUCAAUAAGAAAAAGGAGGAAGCUUUAUACAUUUUUGGUCGUGCUUUCCUUGGGUUUCUUUGAGAGGUUGGUCUGACUGUUAUGGAGAGUUGUUGGUGGUCUUUUUGGGUUAGGAAAGGAUUCUGUUUAUGGAGUUAUGGAGGGCUGGAAUAGUGGUACUUUUUGUAUUUGUUAUGUUACUUUUUUUCUUUUCUAUCUCAUUUGUCUAUAUUGAAUUGUGCUUAAGAACAGCCAAUGCUAUUGCCCAUUGUACCUAGAUAUAUAAAUUUCUUUGUUAUAUACUACAGAAUAUGAGUAGCAAGAUAGAGAGUUACAAAAAAUUGCCCCCUUUUGUAAAAUAUGUUACAAUCUAAUUUUAUAAAGAACAUUUUUCUACCA